UCCCAUUUCUCUGUCUGUUUUUUAUUUUUCUUUUGAUUUAAUUAAGGGGUGGUGGUAUCACCAACGAAGCGAUAAAAAGCAAGGGACAGGCUUUCGAUAGAGGAUGAGCACAUCCUCUGUUUUUCUUCUCAGUUUCCCUCACAUUUAAAAAUUUUUCACAGAUUUUUCUCAUCCUGAAAUGAUAAUCUGGUUCUUCUUUUGAUUGAUGCACGAAAGAUCCGAAGCUCUCAGAUCGACUCUGACAAAACCCACUUCGUUUCUGAUCGAAGCUCCUACUGGGUUCUGUCUGAAUUUAAAGUUAAGGUGUAUCUUCUCAGGUUUUCUUCAUCUGCAUUUUUGAUCGCUUUGUGUUGCUCAAGCAGGAGAACAGAUGGAAUCAGAUCUUGGCAAGCUUUUCAUUGGAGGAAUUUCUUGGGACACUGAUGAAGAACGACUUAAAGAAUAUUUUGGGAAAUACGGAGAGGUGAUAGAGGCCGUGAUCAUGAGAGAUCGUACGACAGGUCGUGCUCGUGGUUUUGGUUUUGUAGUGUUUGCUGAUCCUGCUAUUGCAGAAAGAGUCAUUAUGGAAAAGCACAUAAUUGAUGGCCGCACAGUUGAAGCAAAGAAAGCUGUUCCCAGGGAUGAUCAGCAGAUGAUAAAUAGAACUUCUGGUAGUGUCCAUGGCUCUCCUGGUCCCGGGCGCACAAAAAAGAUUUUUGUUGGGGGUCUGCCUUCGAGCAUCACUGAAAGUGAAUUUAAGAAGUAUUUUGAUCAGUUUGGUACAAUCAAUGAUGUUGUAGUAAUGUAUGAUCACAAUACUCAGAGGCCAAGAGGCUUUGGCUUCAUCACUUAUGAUUCAGAAGAUGCUGUGGACAGAGUUCUUCAUAAAACAUUCCAUGAACUCAAUGGAAAAAUGGUUGAGGUCAAGAGGGCUGUUCCGAAAGAGCUUUCCCCUGGAUCCAUCCGAAGCCCAUUGUUAGGAACUAAUUUUGGCUUCAAUAGGUCCAGUAGCUACCUAAACAGUUACGCACAGAGCUAUAACAUGAGUCCAGUUGGAGGCUAUGGGAUGAGGAUGGAUGGUAGGUUCAGUCCUCUGACAAAUAGUAGGAGUGGAAUUUCUCCCUUUGGCAGCAGCAGUUACGGGAUGGGACUGAAUCUAGAUGCAGGGCUGAGUGCAGGAUAUGGUGGGACCUCAAAUUAUGGAAGCAAUCUCGGAUAUGGACGGGUGAUUAGUCCUUUUUACAGUGGCAACUCAAGCAGAUAUACCACUCCUAUAGGCUAUAAUGCUGGUAGUGGGAGAAGCGAUUCUCUAAUGAAUUCACCUUCUCGAAAUGUCUGGGGAAAUGGUGGCCUAAGUAAUGCCAAUAACCAAGUCAAUGCUGGUGCUAGCUUGGGAUCUGGAAGUGGUGGUUUUGGCGUUCCAAUUAAAAAUAGUGGAACAAAUUGGGGUCAAUCCUUUCCAGUGCAGGGUGGAGUGCCUGCUUCGGGAUAUACCUCUGGGAUUAAUGUUUAUGAAGGUGGAGACAACAGUUUUGGGGUAGGUGGUACUGGUUAUGGAAGAAAUGGGAGUGUAGGUGUAAAUUCAUCUUCUACAUUUUCUGCUUCAGCCGGUGGUUAUGAAGGAUCCUAUGGAGAUUUAUACCAUAACGGUUCAGUUUACAAUGACUCAACUUGGCGGUCUGCUGUUUCUGACCUUGAUGGUUCUGGUUCAUUUGAUUAUGGACUUGGUGGCAUAGCCUCUGAGGAUCCAGCAAAGACUUCAGAGGGUUAUAUUGGAAACUACAGUGUUUCAAGCAGACAACCUAACAGAGGAAUUGCUGCCUAGAGGAGAUAUGUUAAUUCGAUUCAUCAUGGAAACAGUAGAUCAAGGGAAACUGGUCAGGAAAAAGAGGUUUUGUGAAUUCUUACAUCUCAGUCGCUCAAGAUAUAUCAGCUUAUAUGGAUAUCAUCACAUAUAUAGCUAACGGUGUUCUUUCAUUUGAAGUAUACAUGUUCAAAGAGAAAGCAGUUUAAAAGGGAUUUUAUGUAAGGUUUGGGAAUUUUUUUGAGGUUCUCUUGUCAUUUUUUCAAGACUUAGGCUUCCUUCCUGGGAAUUUGAUUGAGGUGUAAAAUCAGAUUGCGGGAUAUACUCUUGAAGAUUGCUUCCAAUAGUGUAGUAAUGCAUCUCCAGCGAGGCAUAUCAGCAUUAGUAUGUUUAGUGAUAGAGCAAUUGUUGUUAAACUUUCUUUUUCCUUUUCUUUUACCACUGUAAUGGCUGCCAAUGGUGUUGUUCUUGUUACCACGUGCUUCUGAUAUAUGCUUUUUUCAUCAAAUUGUAAGUGAAGUUCAGGUUGAUUCAUCAAGUGUGAAACAUGAGAGGGAUUUGCAGUGUGAGAUCCCCAUCAAAUAAUUAAGCUUGUAAACAGUUUUAUAAUUCUUGUUUAGACGGAUUCUCAUACAAGUUUUACAGCUUUUUAUAUUCAUUGUUUGGCUUCUUCUGAUUGCUGAA